UGGAAUUCAAAAUAUUAUAUUUUCCUUGGCUCGAUCAAUCUAAGGGGUAUAUGAUGUAGAAGAGGGUACCUUUGCGUUGAUGUCCAUAGGUUCCCAUCGACUUUCCAAUACGACUCUACAAGAUCUAGUUGACCAAAGAAACACAACCCAAUCUACAAACCCCACAGCAGAAACAACUGCAUAUCUAGACCCGACCCAAUACUAUUGCAGUUUCCUGGCUUCUCAGGCGCGCUUGUCGCACUGUCACUUCUGUUUGGCAUCGCCGAGGCGGGGUGCGCUGAAGUCGGCUCCGGUGACGGCAACAACCCACUGAGGUGCAAAACUUACUCCAUCCCGAGAGACAUCGGUACCAGCGUCACCGUCGGCUUGCAAACCCUCUCGAUCGGCAGGACGAAUCCAACGCGCAAGACUUUCGAUAAGGAGUUCUUCUUCUACGAUAUGAAGAAUGAGGUCAACUACCAAGUAAGCUUUGCGGUACAUUUUUGGAACCCAACGAACAACAUGGUGAGUAAAGCACAUUUGGUACAACUACAUCCAGUUUAUGAGUGUCUACAUGUAGCUACACUGAGGAACGUAAAUUUCAGACUGACUUUCGCCAUUAUACAGAAUACGUGGAAACAUUACAGCUUAGCACUAGGGGAGAAGUGCAACAUCAGCUUUCAGUCGACUUUACAGAUGUUAAGCUCACUUGCUAAAGCGCCUUUGUGGGGGGUUCAUAGAGAGUCGGUCGAUGGCAGAAUACCAAUAGAGACUUCAGCAAAGGCCAACUUGCUUUUCUGCUUUGCAAUACCUUACAGUUGCUCGUCGGGUAACGGGAUUUCCAGAUUGAAGUUUUCUUGUGGUUUCGAAAUGACUCGUAGCGUGGCUGACUCUAUGAACUCAGCUGGACUACAGGCGUCAGCUGACACUCACAGCACAGAGGGAGCACGAAAACAGGCGACAAGGGCCGAAAAGGGGUCUUUCGGCGCUGCCGGAGUGCGUUUUCGCCGUGGUAUUCUCUGUCGGCGUGCAACUUGGAAUGGUCGAAUUUCGAUCGAACCUGAAAACAACAUCGUCGGGUCGUCAUGUUCACGUGGAAGCCCUGAGAACGAGCCUGCAGAUGAAGCAUGACCUCAUUCUUUCCGACGCAAAUGACUCUCGGCGAAGUCCAUGAUACCAUCAAUCCAAGCGUUCCAACCAACAUGGCCCGACAGAAUACCUCCCGAAGGACUGGACCGCCCGCCCUGCCAGCUCUCGACUGCUGCGCCGCGGGCACCUGACGAAUAGGAACACAUGCUUACGAAGAGAACCCGUUAGGCAUCGUUCGACUGGCAGAGUCACGCUGAGCACAGCUGGGCAGAGACACCACGCAAAAAGGCUCAGAUCUUCGAAAUCCUUCCU